UGUGGGCAAACAGCGUCCAGAAAGCCGCUAUAUAAACCUCCAGCUCAUCUGUGAGAGGAACACUGACACUUGCUUCAGAACACUUGAAGAGUCUUGCUGCGCAUCUGUCAUAAUGCAUAAAGGAUGGGGAUAUUCAGAUCAUAACGGACCCGACAAAUGGUAUAAAGACUAUGAGAUUGCUAAUGGACCUCGCCAGUCUCCAAUAGACAUUCAAACCAGUGGAGCAUCUUAUGACGAAUCACUAAAACCGCUUAAACUGCAGUAUGACCCCUCCACUUCACUGGACAUCCUAAAUAAUGGACACUCUAUCCAAGUGAAUUUCGCCGAUGAUGUCGACAGCUCAACUCUGACGGAAGGCCCGAUCUCAGGCAAAUACAGACUCAAGCAGUUCCACUUCCACUGGGGAGCCAGUGACGACAAGGGCUCGGAGCACACAGUCGAUGGGAAACGCUACCCAGCUGAGCUCCAUCUGGUCCACUGGAACACAAAAUAUCCCAGCAUUGCGGAAGCAGUCAGUAAACCCGAUGGUCUUGCUGUGGUCGGAGUUUUUCUAGAGAAUGGAGCAAAAAAUCCUAAUCUUCAAAAGAUUCUGGAUGCUGUGGAUGCUAUCAAGUUCAAGGGAAAGCAGGACUCAUUCACAAACUUUGACCCAACAGUCCUUCUCCCGAAGUCUCUGGAUUACUGGACAUACCUGGGGUCUCUGACCACCCCUCCUCUGCACGAGAGUGUCACAUGGAUCGUCUGCAAGCAGCCAAUCAGUGUCAGCGCAGAGCAGAUGAAAAAAUUCAGAUCUCUGCUUUUUACUGCAGAGAAUGAGAAGGCCUGCUGCAUGGUGAACAACUAUCGCCCUCCUCAGCCUCUGAAAGGUCGUGGGGUCCGUGCAUCUUUCAAAUGAAGGACCCCCCCCCCCAAACCCCUGUUUCUCCCCUUCCCUCCCUUCUUUAGCAGUAUAUGCAAGCAGGGUCCCAGGACAAGGGCCUCAAAGCACCUUCACCCUCCUUGCAGUGAUGAUGUUCUGUUUGGAGAGUAAAGAGGCUAUGCAGGGAAACUUAUUUAUACUGUUCAUCACUCUUUCUUUCUUUUUCUUUACUUCAUUAGUGCAAAUGCUUGAAAUAAUUUGGAUUUAGAAUAUGGUGGCAACUUUUUAUGAUGCUCUGAUGUACAUGUGAUAUACAAACAGACAGAAAGAUGAAUGGGGUAUUUAAUAUGUAAAUGGAUUAUUUGUAUUGCUCUAGAGCAGAGAUGCCCAAAUUUGGACCCAUUUGUCUCAUGACGACCUUUGAUUUGGCCCUCCAUAUUAUAUACUUACAUGUAUGCAUUUGGCAGAUGUUUUUAUCCAAAAUUACUAACAUUGCAUUCAUGGUAUAAAAUGCUGUAGUGAAUUUAAUAAAAAAAAAAUGAUUACAAUGAAACAAUUAUAUAAAAUAAUAUACACUGUAAACCAGAAAAUACUACUUCAUUCUUUCUACUUAAAAAAAUAAAUAAAUUGAGGACAUUUUUAUUUGGGAAAUUCAGUAGCAAUAUCUAUGAAAAAAUAGUUUUCUCACCAAUUAUUAUUAUUAUUAUUAUUCUGUAUAGUUGUGUUUAAUAUAAUCUUUACUUCUGGCCAAUAUAUGAAGUUUGAUUUCUGGUCCUUUGUAUGAAAGUUUGAGCACCUCUGCUCUAGAGCCUAGACCAGCAUCUCAGAUUAAAACACAAAGGUAAAUCAGAUCGGUAGAUUCCUGAACAGAUACCAUCUGUGCUGCUGUCCUUCCCUGCCAGGCUGUAAUCUCUGGCUGUCUCAGCAGUGUUGAAGCUUGAGGAAACCCAAUGCACACUGCUAUCAGGCUGUAAGAUCUAGAAAAUCCCCUAUGAUAAAUGAACACACGUGGCAAAACUUCCAUGUCGGCAAGCAUGGAAGUCACGCACUAAAUCUAGCACAUACUGUACAAUCAGAGCAGCUUUAAUUUGGAGUUUCUGCCUCAGAUUGUAAUUGCAUUUCUCUGCAUGUGUUUCUGAAAGAUGUCAUUUAUAGCAAUUAACAUGCACAAGAUUUCAGUUUAAAAACAGUAGCAAUAACUGCAUGUAAUUCCUUAAUGUGCAAUUUUUUGUUUAGUUUUGUUAUGCUUUAAUCUUGGACUACAAGUAAUUCACCUCUUCAGCUGUAUUGCAAAGCGAUGCACAAGUAACACAGUGAGUCUUAAUAAAAGCCAACAUGCCAAUAAGACAAAUCUUGCAGGUUAAGCAAGGAGGUCACCAUCAGUUCAUCUGAAGCACUGGGACCAAGUCUUAAGUUAUGUGUUUGUAAAGACAACAGGUUUGAAAUAUGUUGUGUCACUUGUUAUUGUACUUUACUUGAGUUUGAGUGCUUCGUUAAGCAAUAUUGUUCAGCCAUUUUCUGUCAUGCUAUUUUCAAAGAGGAUAUUUUAAGUAUAGAUAUUUUAUGCUUAUUCUGUGUUGUGUUUUUGUGAUGAUUUACUAAUGACCUAUGUGAAAGAUAAUUGUUUUAAUAUGGGAACAUGAUGUAAUUUCAGCAAUAAAAAGGUGCUAUGCAGUGAUUGAA